AAAUCCACUUUCUUUGCCGCCACCAAAAGAAAAAAGUAAAUAAUCCUUCUCCUUUCCCACGAUUUCAAACGUCCAUCGCCACGUAAUUACCCAAAGAAUCGAUAUUUGGUGCCAAAACGAAAACCCCGGAACCCUCGAUCAGGGUUCAUAAUAUCGGAUUGUCCUGCUGCUUGUGGAGCUUUCCAGAAGAUGUUGAUUUUUAGCCGAAUUUGAGAUUAAACCCGGUUAAUAAUUUUGGGUCGAAUUUGCAAACUCUUGGGUUUUUGGUGGUGAUUUUGAUCAUGGGUUGGAAGUACAACGCCGGUUUGGGGUUGAUUGGCACAGUUGUGUUCAUCUGGGUCGCGUCUGCAGAGGUUACUCAGGUUUAAUUUUCAUGUGAGUACAAACAGCCGUUUUCGCUCACGUACCUCGGUGUGUCUCUGAUGGCGGUCUAUCUACCCAUAUCGGCAUUGAAAGAUUGGAUCUACAACUUGCUGCACCCAAAUUUGGUUAAGAACUUUUACAAUGGUAUUAUCGCGGGAACUUCUGGAGGGCUUGGUAUUCCUCUUAGAAUAAAUGAAAUGCCCCACAGUCCAGAAACAGAUGUUAGAAGCUGCCUAAUUACUGACAAAGAUCUUAGUAAUACAGAAGAAGGGCGAGCUCUAACGGAUAAGAGCAAAGAAGAUGAGCCGCGCUUGCUUGAAUGGAGUUGUCAAAUUAGUCCAUGGGAAGUUGCAAAGUUUGGCUUAAUUCUUACUCCAGUGUGGUUUAUCACAGAGUAUCUGUCAAACUCUGCACUGGCAAAUACCAGUGUUGCAAGUACAACUGUCCUAACUUCUACGUCGGGGCUCUUUACACUUUUCUUUGGAGCUCUUCUUCGUCAGGAUUCCAUAACUGUUACAAAGAUGGUUGCUGUUUUUGUCAGCAUGGCUGGUGUUGUCAUGACCACGGUUGGAAAAACUUGGGCCCCUGAUGAACUGCUGGGCAUCUCUGAGAUUAGAAGGCACGCUAUAAUGGGACAUAUUUUUGGUCUUCUCUCGGCUGCGUCAUAUGGAUUGUUUACAGUGUUACUCAAGAAAUUUGCUGGAUCAGAAGAGAAGGGAGAUAAGGCUGAUGUGCAGAAGCUUUUCGGAUACAUUGGUCUCUUCGCUCUGCUUGGUCUGUGGUGGCUCGUGUGGCCGCUCAAUGCCAUCGGGAUUGAACCUUCAUUUGAGUUUCCACAUUCAAAAUCUAUUGCCGAAGCUGUGCUGAUAAAUGGCUUUGUCGGGAGUGUUCUUUCAGAUUAUUUUUGGGCUCUUUCCGUGGUUUGGACAUCUCCAUUAGUUGCAACGCUGGGCAUGUCCUUGACAAUUCCACUCGCAAUGGUAGCUGACAUGGUGAUUCACGGCCGCCAUUUUUCUGCAGUCUACAUCCUUGGUUGCAUUCAGGUUUUUGCUGGAUUCGUGAUGGCAAACCUUUCGGACAAGUUCUCGAGCAAGCAAGAGUUGCAAUAGUGAUGCAUAGAAAUCUCAGUGAAGUUGUAGUUUGUAUGUAGAAUGAAUAUGUCAAUUACAUAUGUACAUAUAUGCAGGAAAUAUCAGCUGCCCCUUACAUUGUAUACAACAAACUUGUAUGACUC